UUGUUUUUGUAUAAACACAGUAUAAACAUACCCUCUGCGUGAUCUUGUGAUGGCGUCUGCUGAUCUGAGAAAGGAGCUUGAGUGUUCCAUUUGUCUAAAGGUUUUUAAGGAUCCUGCAACACUGCAAUGUGGACACAACUUCUGCCUGGAUUGUAUCACUCAUGAGUUUCAAGCAAAAAAAAGGCUUGAAGGUUAUAGGCAACAAUAUGAAGUCUACUCCUGUCCAGAGUGCAAAAAGGAGUUUUACGGUUUGGAUGCAAUUAUAAAGAAUGUAAACCUGCGUAACAUGACAGAGCGUUUAUUCAGUAAGAGCCCCACUACUCCUGGAACCAUCUGUACCUUUUGUGUAGAGUCUCCUACUCCUGCGGUACAAUACUGUCUGCACUGUGAAGCUUCUCUCUGUGAUAAUCACCUGACAGUCCACAGCAAGUCAGUACAACAUGUCUUAACUGAUCCCAUCCCUCAUUUGGAGAUCGAGAAAUGUUCUGACCAUAAUAAAAGCCUGGAGUAUUACUGCACUGAGGACUCUGCUUGUAUCUGUGUUUACUGCUGUCUGAUCGGAGAACAUAAAGGACAUAAGGUUACUGCUUUGCGUGAAGACCUUCGUACACAACCAAAAGAUCUGGAGGCAACCAGAAGAGUCUCUAAACAAGAUGCAGGGCAUUCUCUCAUAAUCUCUGAUCUGAUCAAGGAGCAGAAAAACAAGAUGGUCUCCAGUGAGAUUCUGCACACUGAAGAGCCGGAUCCAUUGCCUCACUUACAAGACUCAGCAAUGAUGUCUCCUGAUCUGAAAAAGUACCUGGAAUGUUCCAUCUGUCUGAACAUUUUUACGGAUCCUGUGACCCUGAGAUGUGGACACAACUUUUGCUGUAACUGUCUUAGUCGUGACCUGGAAACACACAAGGUACUUGAAGGUGUUAUCUUUGAGAUGGAAUAUUACUUCUGUCCUGAGUGUAAAGACAGGUAUUCUGAAAUGCCUAAGUGGGUAAGCAACAUAACCCUACAUAAGAUGGCAAAGAUUUUACUUAGCCAGACCAAGAAAAGCCUGACUGCUUCUGGAACCAUCUGUACGUAUUGUGUGGACUCUCCUACACCUGCUGUCCAAUCCUGUCUGCACUGUGAAGCUUCUCUGUGUGAUAAACACCUAAUAGUCCACAGAAAGUCAGCACAACACUUUUUAACUGAUCCCAUCACUUCACUAGAGAUAAGCAAAUGUUCCGAUCAUUAUAAAAUACUGAAGUAUUACUGUACUGACGACUCUGCCUGGAUUUGUCUCUACUGCUGUCUGAUUGGGGAGCACAAAGGACAUAAUACAGUUACCAGAGGAAGCUGGAAAAACAAUGACGCCACUCUCUAUACCUAGCUGACUUAUGCCUCGUACACACGACCAGUUUUCCCGUCGGGAAAACUGCCGUGACCGAUUUUGGCCGGGAAAACUG